UUUCAGGAAAAUUCCACCUUAGUAAUUCCAUGGAUUAUUGGGUUUAUUACGUUUAUGGCUUUAGAAGCUGUUGCGAUGGUGUAUUCUAACGUACUUAGAGAUCAUGUAAAUAAGCAAUUCGAUGCUUUAUGUAAAGCUGAGGUAGCAUUUUUCAUCUGUAGGGCAGUAGUUAAUGUAUUCGCCAUUGCGGGCGUCUUGAGAUUCUUCAAUCUUUUGAGGGCGGGUAUUUCUUGGAAAGGACCCGAAGUUAUCGAGCUAUGAUCGUGGAAUAAUUCAGAGGCUUCCCUUUUGCUUCAAGUUUCGACGUCUCCCACAUACGCAAGCGACACUUCGGACAUCGUCUGAUCAUAUCCGGUACACACAAGAAGCAAAAGACGAAGAUAUAUAGAUUUUUUGCUGAUACUCUGUGAUAUAUAGUUCAGUUAAGGACUCGUUUUAUCUAAACACAAUAAUAAAAUGAAAAUGUAACAUAUAAAUUCAGUCGAAAACUAUCAAGGGCUUUCAAAAAUACAAUUUAAGCCUCUUAAAUCGCCGUACAUGGUUUUUUGGAUGUUGUAAUGCUUUUUCAAAUCAUAGUACAACCGAGGAUAUAUUAGAGAUUAAAUAAAUUAAAAACAAAGUUGUAACACCAAAACAAUACAUAUAUAU